AUGUCUGAGUAUCAGCAGAAUGGAUCAUCCGGUGCUUAUGCAUCUGGAGAUCCUUAUGCUCAGUUCUAUUAUUGGGAUACAGCUACCAAUAAUUGGGCUUUUGAUUAUGAUGGAUAUUAUCGAACGUACGGCUAUCCGCAAGCUGGAAGCUCAGCAAGUGCAGGCCCAUCGACAGGUUACGAUAGCACAUAUGCAGCACAAGCAUUCCAACAAGCAAGCGCAUAUGGUGGCAAUAAUACAGCAUCUGGAAAUGCCGAUGGAAAUCCGAUCGCAGGUCAUUUGAAAAAAGGCGAGACACGUACGACAGUGAUACGGAAAGGUCCCGGCAAUCAUCUUUAUGAAGAUUUGACGUUGUUGGAAUGGGAUCCUACGCAUAAAAGACUCUUUGUUGGCGAUUUGGGAAACGAUGUGACGGAUGAAAUGCUAACGAAAGCGUUUGAAAAAUACGCCUCUUUCAGUAAAGCAAAAGUGAUCAGAAAGAAACAAGACAACAAAGCAAGAGGGUUCGGAUUUGUUUCUUUUGCCGAUCCGCAUGAUUUCUUGAAGGCAUGGAAAGAGAUGGAUGGGAAGUAUAUCGGCUCACGUCCUUGUAGACUUAAACGUGCAAAUGAAGAAGUUAAUCCGACAACGAUCGGAGCACGAAAGGAUAAACUUCUUGCUGCAAAUGCAAAAUAUGACGCUUACAAAUUCAAAUCAAAGAUGGGCGGAGCGAUCGGAGGUGAUCUACGCAGACAUGGAAUAGGUAAAGCAUGGAAGCAGAAAUAA